AGCUCAAAGUUAUCUCACACUCCAUACAAAUCUCACUCACUCUCCUUAUCUUCAACCCAAGUGGAAUCCAUUAAAGAAGAAGAGAGCGGAACAGAAACAAACAUAAGCUGCAGAAAAUCCUCCAUCAAUGGAUCCACAAGAGAAGCAAAAUCCGGCGCCUUCGAAUUGCAUUAUCUCUCUGCCUUUCCACGCGCCGCCGUUCUUCCUCCACCUCUUCAGGCAACGAAACUCCAAACCAAGCGCUGUUCACCUGCUAAAAGCGGCGGAGGACUCAUCGCGUCAGUUCCAGAGCUCCGCCGUCUCCUCCGCCCACGGCUGUCUCAGAUCUCUCCAUUUCCUAUUUUCCCACCACCCAUUUAUCAACAAGCUGCUUUUUCUCUCUUCUCGUCUCCAAGGCCUCAGCCAGAUUCAACGCAGCAAAGGUUGUAAGAACAUCAAAGUUAUAUCCACUGGCCACAAUUUCGCAGCCAUUUUACCCGGAGAUUCAGUGGCAGGAGUUGUGGUCGCCAAUGGCGUUUUGAACUUCUUGAACAUCUACAACUCAUUGCUUGUAGUCAGGCUUGUUUUAACUUGGUUCCCUAAUGUUCCCCCUGCCAUUGUCACCCCCCUCAGCACAUUGUGUGAUCCCUAUUUGAAUGUAUUCCGGGGAAUCAUCCCGCCACUCGGAGGGACCCUGGACCUGUCACCUAUCUUGGCUUUUCUAGUAUUAAACGCCUUUACGAGCGCGGCUGCUGCCCUUCCCGCCGAGCUUCCGCCCACGGGGUUGUCUCAGAAUCAUCCCACAACUCAUACAAUGGAACCAGCUCAUCGCCGUACCACCACAUCACAAGAGAAAUGGAUGAGACGACUCGCUGCUGGGAACCGGUUGAGGACCGGUUUUGUACUAAUGGAAGAGGGAAGGAGACAAAUGGUGAUGAGGUCAUCAUCAAAUGAGCACAAGCUUCUAGCCAUAGCCCUCACCCUUGUUGCAAUCAUCUCCCCUAUUUACAUUGACAGGAGGAGGAGGAAAGCCAGCACAGGCCGCCAGUCGGACCCUGACGAAGAAACCCUGACUGGCGGCCCGUCUGCCUCCUUCCUUCUCCUCCUCCUCAUCGUCGUCUCCGUCGCAGCGGCCGCCGCGACGGCGACACGUGGCGCGAUCAGACUCGCGUCCUACAGGCGGCCCGGGGCCAUCGCGCUGGCGGUCGUGGCGGUUCUCUCCCCGCUCUACAUCAACAGGGAGGAGUCGGAGGAGGAGGCGGGGAAGGAGGGGGCGCCGUUCGGGAACGGCUUCGUGCAGCUUUUUGUGCUGAUGGGGCUUGUGGUUGCCAUAGCUCUGUCUUGUUACUUUGACAGAAGCUUUACCAGGUUUGAUCCAUAUUGGAUUCACAGGGUUGGUGGUUCAUCUACUGGGAUUCUCAUUCUCUUGCUUGUUCUUGCUUCUGUUUUGAAGCUCAAAGCUUAUUAGGACACCAUGGAUGGUAGUCGGGUACACCUGACACAAUCGGUUCGUUUUCAGUUCGGGUCUCUUUUGCGUACAAAGUUUAUUUUGACCAUAAAAUUAUCAGAAACGCUAAUGCUACUUGAAAAUGGUGUUUCUAAACAAAGCUUAUGUUUAAUU